UAUUUUUAAUGCACGACUUCAUUCACUCCUCACUGUCCAUCUCUCGUGAAAAAGCCAUUACGUGAGAAAAGAAUUCCUCUCCUUUUCAGACCCACAAAAAAAUCUCUCUCUCUCUCUCUCUCUCUCUCUUCCAAAAUCACCUGCACCAGAACUCAGUACAACUCCUCCUGCAAUCUGUUCUUCCUCUUUUGCUUUGCUUUUUUUUUUUUUUUUUUUUUUCUCUGUUUCUCAUUGAGUAGCACUUUUUUUCUUCCCUAGUCUUUUUUCUUGUUUGGUUCAGCAAUCGUGUCCUGUGACAUAGUGAACGCGGGCCGUAGUAUUUCAUAUAGACUUGUGGACCAUCUUCUGUAAUGCAGUCCCUCUUGUUGUAUUGUACAUCUUUUGUUUGAUUCUUCUUUUUUUUUUUUUUUGGAUUUGGUUUUCAAAUCAUUCACGGUUUUUCAAGUUUUGGUCAGUACGGUUCAUUCUUUUCUUUAUACUGCAAGUGUUUGAUCGAUCUCCGGUAUAGAGUUCUUGAUUUCUUCAUCUGAUUUCUAAAGAUUGAUCUGAAGUGGGAUUUUGUUUCUUUAAUGGUCUUCAAUUCGAUAGAGGUUUUUCCAAGUUGGGUUUUUUUCUGUGAGGCAUUUUCUCUCCGGACGAGCAGGGGAGACAAACGAAGUAAGCUUUUGAGAGAGGAGAAACGGUUUCAAUUGGAAAGUAAUGUUAGUGGAGGAAAAAGCAAGGGAGAUUUUGUUUUUUGGUCACUGGUUUCUGGCACCCAUUUGAUCGCUUUUUUGGUGUUUGGUGAAGAAGAAGACUGAGUUAUCGAGUAUCGAGAAAGUUUUACCCGUCGUCAACAAUGGCGUUUCUAUGCAUGCUGUCAAUUCUGGUAAUCGGGCUUCUAUCAAAGUCUCAGCUUGUGGGAGCUCAGCUCAGUGAUCAAGCUACAUUGCUUGCCAUUAACAGAGAGUUGGCAGUGCCUGGAUGGGGUGCCAAUGACACAGAUUUCUGCAAAUGGAACCGCAUUAGCUGCGGCUUGAACAAUUUGUUUGUCGAGAGUCUUGAUCUUUCUCGGCUUCAGCUUCGAGGUAAUGUGUCUCUUAUCUCUGAGCUUAAAGCAUUGAAGGAACUUGACCUUUCUAGUAACAGUUUCAGUGGACCUAUACCUCCAACUUUUGGCAAUCUCUCAAAGCUUGAAUUCCUUGAUUUGUCUAUGAAUAAGUUUAGUGGUCAAAUACCAUCCGAGUUGGGUAGUCUUAGAAACCUCAGAUCAUUGAAUCUUUCAAAUAACUUUCUUGUGGGAGAGAUACCUGAUGAGCUUCAAGGGCUAGAGAACUUAGAGGACUUUCAAAUUUCUAGCAAUAAGUUAACUGGUUCCAUACCACAUUGGGUUGGAAAUCUGACCAAUUUGAGAGUUUUCACUGCUUAUGAGAAUGAGUUAAGGGGUGAAAUUCCGGAUAAUCUAGGAUUGGCAUCUGAACUUAAGUUGUUGAACCUUCACUCCAACAAUUUAACUGGGUCAAUACCAAAAAGCAUUUUUGCUAUGGGGAAGCUGGAAGUUUUGGUGCUGACACAAAACAGAUUGACUGGUGAUCUUCCUGGACUAGUUGGGAUAUGUAAGGGACUCUCUAGCAUCCGAAUUGGGUAUAAUGACCUCGUAGGAGUCAUCCCUAAGGAAAUAGGAAAUGUUAGUAGCCUCACAUAUUUUGAAGCCGAUAACAACAAUCUAUCUGGUGAGAUCGUCCCUGAGUUUGCUCAAUGUUCUAAUCUCACACUCCUAAAUCUAGCUUCAAAUGGGUUUACUGGAUCCAUUCCUUUGGAGCUUGGGCAGCUUGUGAAUCUUCAGGAAUUGAUUCUUUCAGGCAACAGUCUUCAUGGAGAUAUCCCAGAAUCAAUUCUUGGUUGCAAGAACUUAAAUAAACUUGAUCUAAGCAAUAACAGACUCAAUGGUACGGUACCAAGUAAAAUCUGCAACAUGUCAAGGCUGCAGUACUUGCUUAUGGGUCAGAAUUCAAUAAAAGGGGAGAUACCCCAUGAAAUUGGAAGCUGUCUGAAACUGCUUGAAUUGCAAAUGGGUAGUAAUUAUUUGACAGGAACCGUCCCUCCAGAGAUUGGUCAUAUAAGAAACUUGCAGAUAGCUUUGAAUUUGAGCUUCAAUCAUCUCCAUGGACCACUUCCUCCUGAGUUAGGGAAGCUUGACAAGCUGGUUUCUUUGGAUGUAUCGAACAAUCAGCUCUCUGGAACCAUUCCACCUGCACUGAAGGGCAUGUUGAGCUUGAUUGAGGUUAAUUUCUCAAACAAUCUACUUACUGGGCCAGUACCCACCUUUGUACCAUUCCAGAAGAGUCCAUCUACAAGCUUUCUUGGCAAUAAAGGGCUGUGUGGAGAGCCAUUGAGCUCAUUCUGUGGAGAUUCAAAUGGUCCAGAGCACCAGAACUACCACCACAAGGUUUCUUACAGGAUCAUACUAGCUGUUAUUGGUUCCGGUCUCACAGUUUUUGUAUCAGUCACUAUAGUUGUCCUGCUAUUCAUGAUGCGGGAAAGACAGGAAAAAGUGGCCAAAAGUGCAAAUGUUGAAGAGGAAGUAGCAAAUGACCAACCAGCAAUAAUAGCAGGAAAUAUCUUUGUUGAGAAUCUUAGACAGGCAAUAGACCUUGAUGCUGUUGUCAAGGCAACUUUCAAGGAUUCAAAUAAGCUCAACAGUGGGACAUUCAGUACCAUUUACAAGGCAGUUAUGCCUUCUGGGUUGAUUAUUUCAGUUAAGAGUCUGAAGUCUAUGGAUAGGACAAUAAUUCAUCAUCAGAACAAGAUGAUUAGAGAGCUUGAAAGACUAAGCAAGCUUUGUCAUGAUAAUCUAGUGCGACCAAUUGGAUUUGUAAUUUAUGAAGAUGUUGCUCUUUUGCUACAUCAUUAUUUACCCAAUGGAACUCUAGCUCAGCUUCUCCAUGAAUCCACAAAGGCACCUGAUUACCAACCAGACUGGCCUAAGAGACUGUCUAUUGCAAUUGGAGUAGCAGAAGGGCUGGCAUUCCUCCAUCACCUGGCGAUAAUCCACCUGGAUAUCUCUUCUGGUAACGUGCAUCUUGAUGCGGAUUUCAAACCUUUGGUUGGAGAAAUUGAGAUAUCAAAGCUCUUAGAUCCCUCUAAAGGUACUGCAAGUAUCAGUGCAGUUGCAGGCUCGUUUGGCUAUAUUCCUCCAGAAUAUGCAUAUACGAUGCAAGUUACAGCACCGGGAAAUGUAUAUAGCUAUGGAGUUGUUUUGCUAGAGAUCUUAACAACCAGGCUACCUGUGGAUGAGGAUUUUGGUGAAGGUGUAGAUUUGGUGAAGUGGGUUCAUGGAGCUCCAUCAAGAGGAGAAACACCAGAACAGAUUCUUGACGCCAGGCUUAGCACAGUUUCAUUCAACUGGAGGAGAGAAAUGCUUGCAGCUCUAAAGAUAGCAUUACUCUGCACUGACACCACGCCAGCUAAACGACCAAAAAUGAAGAAAGUGGUCGAAAUGCUUCAAGAAAUAAAGCAAAACUGAUAAUCAAUGGAGCACAUCCUACAUUCUUGAACCAAAUUUGAUCAAGAUUCCGGCAAACAGAAUUUCCUUGCUGCAAGAUAUGCAAAGUAACAACUAUGUACAACAAUUACUUGGGAUUCCCUCCCACAAAUGAUCAGGACUCCCGGAUGCAUCCCUUCUUAGGUCAGGCAAAGCAACUAGUCAAGUCCAAGUGUUUUUCAAAUUAUAUGUCUGCAUCUUUUAUAUCAAAAUGGUUUAUGAUUAGUGGCAGCUUGAGAUCUUUGUGGGUUUUGUUAACAAAGUAGGGAAUUGGUCAGUGGAAGGAGGGUGGUGGAGUUAGGAGAAGAGAUCAGGUGAGUUCUGUUGCAUAUUUUUCCAGAAUAGUAAUGUUGAAGUUUCUGAAUUUUGAUAUUCCCAUCAGGAAUUGAUCUCAACCAUGGAUUACUUUCUAUUUGAA